AUGUACUCCUUAACACAUCCUGAGCCUGAUACAAGCCACCAUCCCAGGCAACCAGGUAAGCCUCCAGAUCCAGGACUACCAAGCUUGAGUAAAAGCAGAACAGUAGAUGUGCUGAAGACAGAACAGCGGGCACCUGGACGGAGCCCUUCUUCUAUUAGUCUAAGGGAAUCAAAAUCCAGGACUGAUUUUAAAGAAGAUCAGAAGCCAAGUAUGAUGCCCAGUUUUCUCUCAGAAGCCAAUCCACUGAGUGCAGUCACUUCAGUUGUGAACAAAUUCAAUCCUUUUGAUUUGAUAUCAGAUUCAGAUGCAGCCCACGAAGAAGCGGGGAGGAAACAAAAAGUUACCCAGAAAGAGCAAGGGAAACCUGAGGAGCAGAGGGGCUUUGUGAAACAUCCAGCUCAACAACAGUCUCCAAAGACAGCCGUCAAGCAACAUGGACCUGCCAGACCUACCCCCCAGCAAACUGAGUCUUCCAGACCAGUGCCUCAGCAGCAGCAGCAGCCUGGGGAACCAAAGCAAGUUCAGAAACCAGGCCCUGGUCACCCGGCAGACUCUAAGCUGGAGCAAGGGAAGCAGCCACCCCAGCCGCGAGGACCACAAAGAUCUCAGCCCCAGCAGUCGGAACCAGCGAAGCCUGUUCAACAACCAGCUUCUGCAAAACCUUCAUUGGGCCCAACAAAACCAUUACCGCAGCAACCAGACAAUGCUAGAACAUCAUCCCAAGCACAACCUCCCACAAAACCAUCAUCGCAGCAACCAGGACCUGUAAAACAACCAUCUCAACAGCCGGCACGGCAGGGAGGUCCUGUGAAGCCAUCUUCCCAGCAAGCAGGGCCUUCAAAGCAGCCUUCUCAGCAGCCUGGACCUGAAAAGCCAUCUGCUCAGCAAACGGGACCUGCAAAACAACCUUCGCAGCCUGGACCUGGGAAGCCACCUCCACAGCAAACAGGGCUUGCAAAACAAGUGCCACCAAAACCAUCUGCUCAGGCUGCAGGAGUCAUGAAGCACCUGGAACAACAACCCGGACUUACAAAACCACCAGGCCAGCAACCAGUGCCUGAGAAACCCUCACAGCAAAAACAAGCUGGUUCAACCCAACCCGCCGAGUCUGCCCCGAAGAAAACCUUUUGUCCUCUUUGCACGACCACUGAACUGCUGCUGGACACUCCAGAGAAGGCCAAUUACAGCACGUGCACCCAGUGUCACACUGUAGUCUGCAGCCUGUGUGGAUUUAAUCCUAAUCCUCAUAUCACAGAGAUUAAGGAAUGGCUCUGUUUAAACUGCCAGAUGCAAAGAGCGUUGGGUGGUGACCUAGCACCAGGUCUCGGUCCCGGCCCACAGCCGCCUCCACCCAAGCCUCCCCCCAAGCAGAAGACCCCUGUUCCCCCUGCAGCAGCUAAAGCAUUGCCCCAGCCACAGCCAGUUCAGAAGAAAGAUGCUUCUCCAAAACCUGAUCCGUCGCAGCUCCCGGAAUUGAAGAAACCCCUGCCACAGAAAAAACAGCCGUCCUUGCCUGGCUCUCCACACAUAAAAUUGAAACAAGCCGGCGCUGAGCCUCCUGAGAUCUCCCAGCAUGUGGAUCCUACUCCAAGGUCAGACCAGGCCAAGCCAACACAGGCUGAAGACCAGCAGAAGCAGCCCAGGACGCCCCCGGCACCAGACACUCUGCCGGCCUCUGCAGCGCUGGGGCCGAAGCAGGACUCGGCAGGUCCCAGGCCUCCGCAGAAGGUGACAGAUUCCCCAAAGCCAGAGCCUUCCAAGCUGUCACAGGACACAUGUCCAGCUGGGGAUAAACCAGAUUCCAAGCCCCUGCCACAAGUGUCUCGGCAGAAGUCAGAUCCCAAGCUUGCGUCUCAGCCUGGGCCUAGACCAGAUGCUAAAGCUCAAAAGCCUGUCGAGCUCACACAAAUGAAAGAAGACCCGAAGAAGUUACAAACCAAGCCGGCCCCAAGGCCUGAUCCCAAAGCUGCUCCCAAGGGCCCACAGGCAGGGGCAGGGCCAGCCCCAGCUCUGCUGGCACCUCAGCCCCAGCCUUCUCAGAAAACUCCCGAGCAACCAAGGCGCUUCAGCCUGAAUCUGGGAGGCAUCACGGAUGCCCCUAAGCCUCAGCCCACAACACCACAGGAAACGGUUACUGGGAAACUCUUUGGAUUCGGAGCGUCAAUCUUCAGCCAGGCCUCCAGUUUAAUUUCUACCGCGGGUCAGCCGGGGUCUCAGGCCCGGCCGCCCCAUCAGCCAGCCCCCAGAGAGGCUGGCCAGGCUCAGGCUCCUCCAAAAGCUGUACCUGUAAAGAAAGAAGCCAAGCCUCUUAUGACUGAAAAAUCGGAGCCAUCCAAAGUGGAGAGUGUUUUAACGACUAAAGGAUCUGAUGUAGAAAAGAAACCUGGUUUGGUGAAAGACAGCAAGCCUCAGGCUGCUGAAGCUAAGAAACCUGCUGGGCUGUCAGAACCAGAGAGAGCCAGCCAGCCAAAAGUGUCUUGUCCCCUUUGUAAAACUGGACUAAAUGUUGGUUCUAAGGAUCCCCCCAACUUUAAUACGUGUACAGAGUGCAAGAAGGUUGUGUGCAAUCUCUGUGGAUUUAACCCAAUGCCGCACAUAGCUGAGGUACAGGAAUGGCUGUGCUUAAACUGCCAGACCCAAAGGGCAAUGUCUGGACAACUUGGGGAUAUGGGCAAGGUGCCACUUCCAAAAACAGGCCCUUCACAACCAGCAUCCAAACCACCUGCUGCUCCUCAGAAACAGCCAGUGCCUGCUGUCUCACAUUCCCCUCAGAAGACUUCCACGCCGCCUACUCCAGCAGCAGCAAAACCUAAAGAAGAACCAGGCGUUCAGAAGGAAGCUCCAAAACUUCAGCAGGUGAGACUGGAAAAAACAUUGUCAGCUGACAAAAUCCAACAGGGAAUUCAAAAAGAAGAUGCAAAACUGAUGCAGGGAAAACUUGUCAAGAUACCCUCAGCUGAUAAAAUCCAACGUGUUUCUCAGAAGGAAGACCCAAGACUCCAACAAACAAAACUGAUAAAGUCACCCUCAUCUGAUAAAAUUUUACAUGGAUUUCAGAAGGAGGAUGCAAAAUUUCAGGAAGCAAAACUGGCAAAAACAUCCUCAGCUGAUAAAAUUUUACAUGGAGAUCAGAAGGAAGACAUAAAACUUCAAGAGGCAAAAUUGGCAAAGAUGCCCUCAGCUGACAAAAUUUUACAUGGAAUUCAGAAAGAAGACCCAAAACUGCACCAGAUGAAAAUGGCAAAGGCGUUAUCAGCUGACAAAAUCCAACCUGCAGCUCAAAAGGAAGAUGCACAUCUUCAGGAGGUCAAAUUGUCUAAAGCAGUUUCAGUUGAUAAAAUCCAACAUGGAAUUCAGAAAGAUGAUCCAAAACUUCAACAUGAGAAAAUCAUGAAAGCUCCAUCAGUGGAGAAAAUCCAAAAGGAAGCUCAAAGAGAAGAAUCAAAACUUCAGCAAGGGAAACUGUCAGAGACACUUUCAGCAGGUAAAAUUCCUGCAACAAUAAGUUCAGAUCAAAAGAAACCCCUAAGCACAUUGGAAGAAGAUGAAAAGACUGUGCUCCCAGAAAAGAGCACACCAGUUCCAGAGGACAAAAAAGAACAAAUUACAGCUGAGGCUAAAGCCCACGUUGCUGAACAGAAAGCAGAAGCUGAAGCACCUUAUAAGGGACUGCAAGCCAAGAAGCAAGAGGACGUUAAGAAAGAGGGUUUGACAACCGGGAUUUCACAAAAGGUUUUGAAAGCUGAAAAAGCUCAGGAUGAAGAAAUUCCUGUUCAAGUAGCACCUUUGCCAAGAACUGACCAUGUAGAAGCAGUGAAAGGAAAAACAGAAAAGGAGGAUGACAAAUCAGACACAUCAAGCUCUCAGCAGCAGAAAAGUCCACAAGGUCUGAGUGACACCGGGUAUUCUUCUGAUGGGAUAUCAAGUUCACUUGGUGAAAUCCCAAGUCAUAUCCCCAGUGAUGAAAAGGAUUUACUCAGAGAAUCUAGUAAAAAAGACACUAUUUCACAAGAAAGUCCACCAAGCCCGUCAGAUCUAGCUAAAUUGGAAAGUACUGUACUGUCUAUUUUGGAAGCUCAAGCAAGUACACUUUCUGAUGAAAAAUCUGGAAAAAGCAAAGAGCUUUAUGAAACGUAUGGUGAACAGACAAAGGAUCAACAUAAAACAAAGCCUUUAUCAGUCACUCCAGAAUCUUACAGUUCAGAUGAGGAAGACUUAGAAGCUAUUCAAAUAGGUGAAGGAAUCACUGUGGAAGAUGGCAAAGGAAGUGCUUCCUCCCAGGCAGACUACAAGGAAGAAGAAGAAGAAGAAGAAGGAGAUGACAUACCAGCAAGAAGACAACGCUAUGAUUCUGUGGAAGACAGCAGUGAGAGUGAAAACUCACCUGUCCCAAGGAGAAAAAGAAGAGCUAGUGUUGGUUCUUCAAGCAGUGAUGAGUACAAACGAGAUGACAGUCAGGGAUCAGGUGAUGAGGAAGACUUCAUUAGAAAACAGAUUAUAGAGAUGAGUGCUGAUGAAGAUGCCUCAGGUUCUGAAGAUGAGGAAUUCAUAAGAAAUCAACUCGAAGAGAUCAGUGUACCUGAGAGCCAAAAGAAAGAUGAAGUGAAAAGUAAAGCCAAAGGAACAGCUGGAAAACAUAGAAGAAUGGCACGAAAAAGCAUUGCAGGCUAUGAUGAAGAUGCAGGAAGACGACAUUCAUGGCAUGAUGACGAUGAUGAGACUUUUGAUGAAAGCCCAGAGCCAAAAUACAGGGAAAGUAAAAGUCAAGAUGGUGAAGAACUUGCAGUAACUGGAGGAGGAGGUCUUCGGCGUUUCAAAACAAUAGAAUUGAAUAGUACAAUAACAAACAAAUAUUCUGAAACAUCUGAACAACAGAAAGGUAUUUUAUAUUUUGAUGAAGAGCCUGAGCUAGAGAUGGAGAGUCUUACAGAUUCACCAGAAGAUAGAUCUAGAGGAGAAGGGUCUUCUAGUUUACAUGCUUCUAGUUUCACACCAGGUACAUCUCCUACUUCAGUGUCAUCACUUGAUGAAGAUAGUGACAGCAGUCCUAGUCACAAAAAACUGGGAGGGGAGAGCAAACAACAGCGCAAAGCCAGGCAUCGGUCACAUGGUCCUCUUCUUCCAACUAUUGAAGAUUCUUCAGAAGAAGAAGAACUACGGGAAGAGGAAGAACUGCUAAAGGAACAAGAGAAACAGCGUGAAUUAGAACAGCAACAAAGAAAAAGUUCUAGCAAAAAAUCUAAAAAGGACAAGGAUGAACUAAGAGCUCAGAGAAGAAGGGAACGUCCAAAGACUCCACCAAGUAAUCUUUCUCCCAUUGAAGAUGCAUCUCCAACAGAAGAAUUACGACAGGCAGCAGAAAUGGAAGAGCUGCACAGAUCUUCCUGUUCUGAAUAUUCACCUAGUAUUGAGUCAGAUCCUGAAGGUUUUGAAAUCAGCCCAGAAAAAAUAAUAGAAGUACAAAAAGUUUACAAAUUGCCUACUGCUGUCUCUCUGUACUCACCAACAGAUGAACAACCGAUUGGACUCCCGAAAGAAGAAGGUGGUCAGAAGACAUUAAAAAGUGCCGAAGAGGUAUAUGAGGAGAUGAUGCAUAAGACCCAUAAAUCCAAGCCAUUUCAAAUUGCGAAUGAAAAAGAUGAAGUAUUUGAAAAAGAGUCUUUAUAUGGUGGAAUGCUAAUAGAGGAUUAUAUUUAUGAAUCUUUAGUAGAGGAUACUUACAAUGGAACUAUUGAUACUAGUCUUGUAAUGAGACAAGAUGAGAGCAGUGAAUACAUACAACAGAGAGGAAAAGAUAAAAAAAUAAGAGCUUCAGAACAGAUCUAUGAAGAACCGCAGAAAAUUAGUGAUCUACAGAAAGACUACUAUAGUGUUGAGACUUUACAUUCUAUUGUGCCUCAAGAAGAUAUUGUUUCUAGUUCUUACAUUAUCCCGGAAAGUCAUGAAAUAGUUGUAUUAGAUAGCACAGUAACUUCCACCACUGAGGAAAAGCAGUUGUUAGAUGCAGAAGCUGCUUAUGAAGAGCUUAUGAAAAGACAGAGAAUGCAGCUAACCCCUGGGUCCAGUCCAACACAACCAACUUCAGGUUUCAGUCCCACGUCUGAUACAAAGGUAUCUAGUGUUGGAGAAAUAGUGGAUAGCACAUCUUUAACAUCAAGCACUACUUCAGCAAUCUCAGAUGUGUCACCUGCCAGUAGCACAGCACUUUCUAUUCCGGAUGUUAAAAUAACACAGCAUUUUACAGCAGAGGAAAUUGAAGAUGAAUACUUAACAGAUUAUGCCAGAGAAAUUCAAGAAAUAAUUUCUCAUGAAACAUCAAUGUUGACAUACUCUGAGACAUCAGAAGGUGCUCCAUCAGUUUUACCUUCUGAUACAGCUUCCUUAACAUCAUCUACAUCUUCAGUUUGUACCACAGAUAGUUCAUCACCCAUAGACAGUGCAACCACAGGUUACGUAGAUACAGCAGAUGCUGUAAGCAAACUAACAGGUUCUGAAGGUGUCAGGAUAAUAACCCAAGUUCCCUUAACAUCUACAAAAGAGUACUCUGAAGUGAGCAUGCCUUUUGAAUCUGUUGCAGAAGCCUCUAAAAAGCCAUCUAUAGCAUCAGAUAUGGGAAGUGUGGAUCAAGCUGCAGUUUGUGUGCCUGAAACUGCACCUUCAGUAGUGGCAACUACAGUUAUAAAACCCAAGCAAUAUGCAACUGAUACCAUUCCCUUUGAUAUCUCCAAAGCAGAAAAGGAAGCAGCUAGAAAAAUGAAAAGUACAGUAGAGGCUGGCGUUUUCAAAAUUCAUCAUGAAGAUCCACACAAGGAAUUGGGUUUUGAUAUGACAAGGAUUAGUUUGACUAGUGCUACGUCUGAGCAACCACCUGUCUGUAUAGCAUCAGUACCAGUUACAGAGCCUGCAUCAGAAACAUCUUCUGUACCUACUCCCAGUGUUGUAAGUAAGACCAGCAUGGUCUCUGUGCCUUCCUCAGCUCCUGUUGUAACAUCCAAAGUAUUCUCGCUUUUUAGAAGCUCUUCUUUGGAUUCUCCUGCACAACCUUCUCCACCCCCGCCGCCUCCUCCUCCACCACCUCCUCCACCACCAUUACCUCCACCUAUUUUACCCAAGCCAGCCAUUUAUCCCAAAAAGAAGUCACAGAUUAAGACUCCAGCAGCAACAGCUCCCACAGUGGUACCUGCAGUCAGAAGUGUUACAACACUAGAGUCCACAGCUGUGUUAAAGAAUCAUGUGUUACCUAUCACAAAAACAUACACCCCAACACCACCUCCCGUGCCACCCAAACCAUCCUCCAUUCCAGCAGGGCUUGUUUUCAGCCAUAGGCCUGCUGAAAUAACUAAACCUCCAAUUGCUCCUAAACCAGCAGUCCCUCCACUUCCAAUAACUGUUCAUAGGCCAGCAGAAACACCGCCCAAACCAAUAGGUUUGUCAUUGACUUCAAGUAUGACUCUGAAUUUGGUCUCUGCAGCUGAAUACAAAAUAGCGUCUCCUACUUCCCCUUUGUCUCCACACUCUAACAAAUCUUCACCAAGGUUGACAAAACCCUCACAGGAAACUUAUGUUGUCAUCACAUUGCCAUCUGAACCUGGAACUCCCACAGAAGCUAUAACUAGUCAAGCUGUUACCAGCUGGCCUUUAGAAGCACCUUGUAAAGAACAGAUUCCCCAGUCUAUGCAACCAAUUUUUACUCCAUCCAUGAAAAGUAUGGAAAUUCAAAGUAUGGCAGAUCAAAGUAUAUAUAUGUCAGGUGCUUUGCAAACUAUUCCUGUCACAGCACUAUCAACUUUUGAAAAAAUACCUAGUUCAAAAUCAGAAGUAGUAACAACAGAGGUAACCACGACCACGGUGUCUGUGAUUAAGGGUGCAGUGCCUGGUUGUGGCUUAGGCAGCGUCGCUAUUACUAUACCUCCAGAGCCACUACACGUAAUAGAUCAGCCCAGGUAUAGAGAGAAUGGAAGAUUCCAUCCUUUGGGUGAUGUCAUAGAUCUUCGCACUUUAACUAAGAUGGAUAUUGAAAUGAGAGACAGCUGUAUGGAUCUGUCUGCUGUUUCCAUGGACGUGAGAAGGCAAAUGCCAGCAAGUGAUACAUGUGGGCGGCCAGUAAGUACUGUCCAGCCAGCUAUAAUAAAUCUUAGCACUGCGUGUGUUGCAGAUCCUUCUCUGUCUGUAGUCACCGAGACAGUAACUGUAAUGACCUGCACUGCCACUGUAAGCUACACCACCAGUACCGACAGCCUUGUGGAUCUGGGACAUGCAAUGACAACGCCACUUCAGCUAACAACAUCAAAACAUUUUGAGCCUGCAUACAGAGUAACAGGCAGCCAGGCAUUCUCUGCAGGGAGAGACGAAGUGCCAAUUAAUUUAUCCCUAGGUACUACUACAAAGCCUGUUACUGUACCACCUGUUGGUGUUACAAAUGGUUGGACUGAUCUCUCCACUUCCCAGGAGCCAAUGGAGAGUGGAGCAGUUGACCUUAGCACUACAAAAUCUCACAGAACAGUAGUAACAAUGGAUGAAACUACUUCAGGGAUGUUAACAAGAGUAAUAGAAGAUGAUGAAAAGCCUGUGGAUCUGACUGCGGGGAGAAGAGCUGUUUGCUGUGAUGUGGUUUAUAAAUUGCCAUUUGGUAGGAGCUGUACAGCACAGCAGCCACCAACUACACUUCCUGAAGAUCGCUUUGGUUACAGAGAUGACCACUACCAGUAUGAUCGUUCUGGGUCGUACGGCUACCGAGGAAUGGGAGGUAUGAAACCAUCUAUGUCUGACACAAAUUUAUCGGAAGCUGGACUGUUUGCAUACAAAAGCAAGAAUAGCUUUGAUUAUCGAGUUGAGGCAACUGAUGCAGCAGUAGAUCUGACUUCUGGAAGAAUUACUACAGGUGAGGUUAUGGAUUACUCAAGCAAGACCACUGGUCCUUAUCCAGAGACUCGGCAGGUGAUUUCUGGCAUCGGGCUCAGUACACCACAGUAUUCCCAAGAAAGAAUGGUAUCAUCUCUGGGUUCCCAGUUUGGUGUUGGAAGUGUUUUAAGAUCAUCCAAUGGUGUUGUUUAUUCUUCAGUAGCGACUCCAAUCCCAUCCACAUUUGCCAUUACCACACAACCUGGUUCAAUUUUCAGUACAACAGUCAGAGAUUUACCUGUUCUCCAAACAAUUGACUCAGUGCCCUCUUUGUCAACUUUGCAACAGAAUCAACCACUGCCAAGAUCAUACAGUUUCUUGACAACAGUGGCAGCUGAAAAAGAUAGUGCAAUUACUGCCAUUGAUGUAGAGACAGGGUUACCACCUCUUGCUAUAGAAACUACUGCCACUGAGCCAACCAACUUGAUACCUGCUUUAACUACAGCAUCUGAGGUUUAUACAGAUGUAAUUGAAGAUGAAGUUGCCCUUCUCAUUGCCCCUGAAGAAGGCAAACAGCAGCAGCUUGAUUUGGAGCGUGAACUUCUUGAGAUUGAGAAAAUCAAGCAGCAGCGCUUUGCAGAAGAACUGGAAUGGGAACGUCAGGAAAUUCAAAGAUUUAGGGAACAAGAAAAGUUUAUGGUGCAAAAAAAGCUUGAGGAAUUGCAAUCCAUGAAACAUCAUCUCUUAUUUCAGCAAGAGGAGGAACGACAAGCUCAGUUUAUGAUGAGGCAAGAGACAUUAGCCCAGCAACAGUUGCAGCUUGAACAAUUCCAACAACUGCAACAGCAGCUCCACCAACAGUUAGAAGAGCAAAAAAUUCGUCAAAUAUAUCAGUAUGGUUAUGACCCUUCAGGAACUGGCUCGCCACAAACUACCACAGAUCAAACACUUUUGGAAGGACAGUAUGCAACCACAGAAAAUGGCCAUUUUUGGCCUACUGAUGAUGCAACCACUACAGCUUCAGGAGUGCUGGGUAUUGAAAUUCCACAAAACCAAACAUGGUAUACAGUUCAGUCUGAUGCCAUUACCCAAUACAUACCUAGGUCUGGUAUCCUAAGCUCUGUUUCAGAAAUGUCUCUUAAGGAUAUUGAUGUUAGAGAGGAGAAGCAGUUGAAAAAGAGAAGUUCUAUGCCAAAAUUACGUGGUCCAUACGAGGAGCUUGAGGAGACCCUGGAAGAAGAGCCCCGGUGCUUCAAAAAGAUAGUGGACAGUGGAGUUCAAACUGAUGAUGAAGACGGAGCAGACAGAGGUUACACAAACAGAAGACGGAGAACUAAGAAGAGUGUUGAUACAAGUGUUCAGACAGAUGAUGAAGAUCAAGAUGAAUGGGAUCUUUCUAGCAGAUCCAGAAGGAAACCUCGUGUGGGGAAAUACAGUGAGAGUACAUCUGAGACAGACAAAGCUAAACAAUUCUCCAAAGUGUCUAGUAUUGCAGUUCAGACAGUGGCAGAGAUUUCAGUACAAACAGAACCUGUAGGAACAAUAAGAACACCUUCCAUCAGGGCCCGAUUAGAUGCUAAGGUGGAAAUCGUAAAGCACAUUUCAGCUCCAGAAAAGACAUAUAAAGGAGAAAGUUUGGGAUGUCAAACAGAAACAGAGUCAGAUACUCAAAGUCCUCAAUAUCUGUCAGCUUCAUCUCCUCAGAAAGAUAAAAAACGCCCAACACCUUUAGAGAUAGGAUACUCAUCCCACCUUCGUCCAGGCUCCACACUGCAGGUAGUCCCUUCCCCUCCCAAAUCUCCCAAAGUUCUCUAUUCACCCAUUUCACCUGUUUCACCAAGCAAAGUUAUAGAAUCAGCAUUUGUACCCUAUGAAAAACCCAUCACUGAUGACAUCAGCCCUCAGAAGAUGCUGCAUGCUGACAUUGCCAAGGUUCCUCCAUCAAGCCCAAAGGCAGCAAAGAUGAUGCAACGCUCUAUGUCUGAUCCUAAGCCCCUGAGUCCCACAGCAGAAGACAGUUCCAGAGCUCAGUUUCAGUACACUGAGGGUUUCAUGACAAAAGGUUCUUCAAGCAUAACUCCAUCCGGCACUCAAAAGAAGGUGAAGAGGACUCUGCCCAAUCCACCUCCAGAGGAAACAACGGCAGGAACUCAGUCAUCAUAUACUUCUGUGGGAUCAGUUUCACGCAGAAGGAUUUGUAGGACCAACACUAUGGCCAGAGCCAAAAUUCUUCAGGAUAUAGACAGGGAAUUGGAUCUGGUUGAACGUGAAUCAGCCAAACUUAGGAAGAAGCAAGCAGAGCUAGAUGAGGAGGAAAAAGAAAUAGAUGCCAAGCUGAGAUACUUGGAAAUGGGCAUUAAUAGGAGGAAAGAAGCCUUAUUAAAAGAAAGAGAAAAGAGAGAGCGUGCCUAUCUCCAAGGAGUAGCAGAAGAACGUGAUUAUAUGUCAGACAGUGAAGUUAAUAAUACCAGGUCAACCAGAAUAGAAACUCAACACGGCUUGGAAAGACCACGUACUGCACCCCAAACAGAAUUUAACCAGUUUAUGCCACCACAAACCCAGCCAGAAACACAGUUUGCCCCUGCUACAAGCCCAUAUGCUCAAUAUCAGUAUUCAUCUCCUGCUCUGCCUACUCAAGCACCAACUCAGUUCACACAGCAGUCACAUUACCAACAACAGCAGCCUUUGUAUCACCAGCAGGUUUCACCCUAUCAGACCCAGUCAACUUUCCAAACAGGAGCUACUAUGUCCUUUACUCCACAGGCUCAACCUUCACCCUCUCAACAGCCAUCAUACCAACUCCCAUCACAGAUGAUGGUGAUACAGCCAAAGCCAAGACAAACUACAUUAUAUUUGGAGCCUAAGAUCACAACAAACUAUGAUGUAAUUCGCAAUCAGCCUCUCAUGAUAGCACCAGUUUCAACUGACAAUAAUUAUGCAGUUUCCCAGCUGGGCAGUAAAUACUCUACCUUGGACUUAAGGAUAGGACUAGAUGAGAGAAACAGCAUAGCAAGCAGUCCUAUAUCAAGCAUAUCUGCAGAUUCAUUCUAUGCAGAUAUAGACCACCACAAUACACCCCGAAAUUACGUGCUGAUUGAUGAUAUAGGAGAACUUACUAAAGGAACAGGAGCACUUGGUUCCAGUUUUAGCCUCCAUGAGAAAGAUCUGACCAAAACAGAUCGACUGCUUCGCACAACUGAGGCCAGGAGAGCACAAGAAGUGUCAGACUUCCUAGCACCACUGCAGACUUCUUCUAGGUUACAUUCUUAUGUUAAAGCUGAUGAAGACCCAAUGGAGGACCCUUAUGAGCUCAAACUUCUAAAACACCAGAUAAAACAAGAGUUCCGUAGAGGUGCAGAAAGUCUGGAUCAUCUGGCUGGCCUGUCACAGUAUUACCAUGCAGAGGGCAGCUACAGGCAUUUUCCAAGAUCUGAGAAAUAUAGCAUAGGUAGGCUUACUCUUGAGAAACAGGCUGCUAAGCAGCUCCCAGCAGCCCUCCUUUACCAGAAGCAGUCAAAACACAAGAAAGCUUUGAUAGACCCCAAACUAACAAAGUUUUCACCUAUCCAAGAAAGCAGAGACCUUGAGCCUGACUAUUCAAGCUAUAUGACUUCUAGCACUUCAACACUUGGGGGAAUUACUACUAGGGCAAGGCUUCUUCAGGAUGAUAUCACUUUUGGCCUUAGAAAAAACAUCACUGACCAACAGAAAUACAUGGGGCAGCCACUGACUUCGUCCAUUGGAGCAGGCCUUGGGACUGCACUAGUUCCAACAAUGAGAUCCACAUUACAAGAUGAAGCAGACAAGUCUUAUAGCAGUGGUAGUAGAUCUAGGCCCUCAUCUAGACCAUCCUCAGUUUACGGGCUUGAUUUGUCAUUGAAAAGGGAUUCUUCCAGUUCUUCUUUAAGACUGAAAGCCCAAGAAUCUGAACCCUUAGAUGUUUCCUUUAGCCAUGCAGCACCUUCUGGAAGAACUAAACCCACUAGUUUACCUAUUAGCCAAAGCAGGGGGAGGAUCCCAAUAGUAGCACAGAACUCAGAGGAAGAGAGCCCACUAAGUCCUGUUGGCCAGCCGAUGGGAAUGGCAAGAGCAGCAGCUGGACCCUUGCCACCAAUAUCUGCAGAUACCAGGGACCAGUUUGGAUCAAGCCAUUCGUUACCUGAGGUCCAGCAACAUAUGAGGGAGGAGUCACGGACUCGAGGCUAUGAUCGAGAUAUAGCCUUCAUCAUGGAUGACUUCCAACAUGCCAUGUCAGACAGUGAAGCCUAUCAUCUCCGUCGUGAAGAAACAGAUUGGUUUGACAAGCCCAGGGAGUCUCGUUUGGAGAAUGGACAUGGCCUCGACAGAAGGCUGCCAGAGAAGUUGUCCCACUCUCGACCACCAAGUCAACACCAAGAUCAAAUAAAUGGGAAGCCCCUGCAGUACAUUUUCCCUCAUGCAAGGCUCAAACUACUGAGAGAUCCAAAGGAUCACACUGUUUCAGGCAAUGGACUGGGAAUCCGAGUUGUAGGAGGGAAAGAAAUUCCAGGAAGCAGUGGGGAAACUGGAGCUUACAUUGCCAAGAUCUUGCCUGGGGGCAAUGCAGAGCAGACAGGGAAGCUGAUAGAAGGAAUGCAGGUGCUGGAAUGGAAUGGCAUCCCCUUGACUGGGAAAACUUACGAAGAAGUCCAGAGCAUUAUUGUUCAACAGAGUGGGGAAGCAGAAAUAUGUGUAAGACUGGACCUGAACAUGCUCUCAGACUCUGAGAAUCCCCAGCACCUGGAGCUGCACGAGCCAGUAAGGGCAGAUAAAGCGAAGUCCCCAGGGGUUGAUCCCAAGCAGCUGGCUGCAGAGCUCCAAAAGGUUUCACUACAGCAGUCGCCUCUGGUUGCUUCCUCAGGAGUGGAAAAGGGAUCUCAUGUUCACUCUGGAACCACUUCUGCCACCUCCAGUGCUGCUCCCAGCCCUGGUCAGCCUGGUUCUCCUUCAGUGAGCAAAAAGCGGCACAGCAGCAAGCCCACUGAAACUACAAAGUCUGCUUCCCAUCCAGUCACUGGAGAAAUUCAGCUUCAAAUCAACUAUGACAAACACCUUGGCAAUCUUAUCAUCCACAUCCUUCAGGCAAGAAACCUUGUUCCCAGAGACAACAAUGGCUAUUCUGACCCCUUUGUUAAAGUUUAUCUUCUUCCAGGGAGAGGACAAGUUAUGGUUGUCCAAAAUGCAAGCGCUGAGUACAAGCGGAGAACUAAGUAUGUACAGAAAAGCUUGAAUCCUGAGUGGAAUCAGACGGUCAUUUAUAAAAAUAUCUCUGUGGAGCAGCUGAAAAAGAAAACACUGGAAGUGACUGUCUGGGACUAUGAUAGAUUCUCCUCGAAUGACUUCCUUGGUGAAGUAUUGAUUGAGUUAUCCAGUGUCUCUCAGCUUGACAACGUUCCGCGGUGGUACCCACUGAAGGAACAGAGUGAAAACAUUGAUCAUGGGAAGUCUCAUUCUGGACAGAGCAGCCAGCAAUCUCCAAAACCAUCUGUCAUAAAGAGCAGAAGUCAUGGAAUUUUCCCAGACCCCUCCAAGGACAUGCAGGUGCCCACUAUUGAGAAAUCCCACAGCAGUCCAGGGAGCUCCAAAUCUUCCUCUGAAGGACAUCUACGCUCUCACGGUCCAUCUCGCAGCCAAAGCAAAACCAGCGUCACUCAAACUCACCUUGAAGACGCUGGGGCAGCCAUCGCCGCUGCUGAAGCAGCUGUCCAACAGCUUCGCCUUCAACCAACAGCACAUAAAAGCGGUCAGUCUAAUCAUGCCAGGAAGCAGCACAGACACAGCAUAGCAGGAGUCCUCCCUAUUCAAAGAACUCAGUCUGACAAUCUGCCUCCACCAGCCAAUGACAACAAAGACCAAAGCCAACUAGCCCUCAGGAAAGUGAUGUCUGACGGACCAGUCAAGCCUGAAGGAGCAAGGUCUACUAAUCAUCGACCUGCAGAAAGUUCUGUCUCCACUGGCUCGUCAGCCAGUAGUUUUGGCAGUGGAUACAGCAUGGAUAGCGAAGGCAGCAGCAGUGCCACAGGAGAGAAUAAUCUGUUUCCCAUCCCAAGAAUAGGGAAGAUGAGCCAGAGUGGACAAGAACCAGUAAAGCAGUCGGGAGUAGGAUUAACCGAUGCAGAAGGUAAAACACAGGUUAUGGGUGAAAUCAAGAUUGCAUUAAAGAAGGAAAUGAAGACAGAUGGAGAACAGUUGAUAGUAGAAAUCCUUCAGUGCAGAAAUAUCACUUACAAAUUUAAAUCUCCAGAUCAUCUACCAGACCUGUAUGUGAAGCUGUACGUUGUCAAUAUCUCUACCCAAAAGAGAGUAAUUAAGAAGAAAACCAGGGUGUGCAGGCAUGACCGAGAGCCUUCGUUCAAUGAAACAUUUAGAUUUAGCUUGAGUCCUGCUGGGCAUUCUCUUCAGAUUCUACUUGUCUCCAAUGGAGGGAAGUUUAUGAAAAAGACACUGAUUGGUGAAGCUUAUAUCUGGCUUGACAAAGUGGAUCUAAGGAAAAGAAUAGUAAACUGGCACAAACUGUUGGUCAGCUCCACACAAACACACUGA